GGGUGUCCGAGUCAGCGGAGCGCCCCCACCAGUCUCCCCGAGGCAGAGUCAUGGGGGUGCUGGCGCCUGGACGCUGUCUCAUCCCGGGGAGCCGCUUUCCCACCGGCUCCCUGGGCUCCAGCCGCCCCACGCGAGCCCCCGGCUGGUUCUGGGGCCAGGACCGCCCCUCUCCAAGGCAGGCUUCCUUUCCUUCCACGACAAAGACGCGCAGCCCCGUUUUCCUGGGGCUGCAGCCCGUGAGAUCGCCGGGUGUAUCCCGACUCCCGCCGGGACGUGGGCUCCCCCAGGGCAGGGCCUGCCUGUCCCCUUCCGCGGGUCGCCAGCAGCCAGCACAGGCCGCAAACAGCGGUCCGCAGAGCGGACCAACGGAGCCGACCCUCGCAGGCUUGGAGCCGGACACGGCGGGGCAGAGCCCGCGAGGUUGCAGCUCGCUGGAACCCGCGGGAGGGCAGAGCCGGGCUGGGCGGAGCGCACAGCGCAACGGACCGACCGCGCGAGCUCUGCCGGCCACUUCCGGUGUCGCGCGGCGGCUCCCGGCAGGAGGGAGAGGGCACACUGCCAGCCCCAGUCCAGGCUGCGAGGGCCGCGGACCCGAGCCGGGAAGGACCUUGGGCGGACGAGCCGCGCGUCCCGCAGCCAUGGAGCAGGACGACCCGGCCGAGGCGCUGACGGAGCUGCGCGAGCGGCAGCUGGGCGCGCUGGAGCUGCUGCAGGCGGCGGCCGGCUCGGGCUUGGCAGCCUACAUGGUGUGGGCGCUGCUGCUCCAGCCCGGCUUCCGGCGCGUGCCGCUGCGGCUGCAGGUGCCCUACGUCGGCGCGAGCGCGGGGCAGGUGGAGCACGUGUUGUCGCUGCUGCGAGGCCGCCCCGGAAAAACGGUGGAUCUGGGCUCUGGCGACGGCAGGAUCGUGCUGGCGGCCCACAGGUGCGGCCUCCGCCCGGCCGUGGGCUACGAGCUGAACCCCUGGCUGGUGGCGCUGGCGCGGCUGCACGCCUGGAGGGCUGGCUGUGCCGGCAGCGUCUGCUAUCGCCGCAAGGAUCUCUGGAAGGUGAGCCUGAGGGACUGCCGCAACGUGUCUGUGUUCCUGGCCCCUAGCGUGCUCUCGCUGCUGGAGGACAAGCUGCGGGCAGAGCUGCCUGCCGGAGCCCGCGUGGUGUCUGGGCGCUUCCCCCUCCCCACCUGGCAGCCUGUGGCCGUGGUUGGCGAGGGCCUGGACCGAGUAUGGGCCUAUGAUGUUCCUGAGGGUGGGCAGGCUGGGGAGGCCGUCUCCUCGCGGAUACCCAUCCAGGCUGCCCCCAGACCUAGUUCUGCCUCCGUCCCGGAGGGCCCAGUUUCUCAGGCCAGCUGAGUGUUCAGACACGAUAAAGACUCUGUGGGUUCUA